AAAUUCAUUCUUAAAAUCUUCUUGACAAGAUCUGUUUUUUAUUCUCUCUCUAACUAAAUAGUUGGAUUGAAAUCCUUUUACUAUGCUACAAAACAAAUAAACGAAACUGUCUUAAAGAAUAAGGAAGAAGAUUCAUAGAUCUGGUUUUCUUCAGGGAGAUGGGAAAGAAAGGAAACUGGUUUUUGUCGAUUAAGAAGGCUUUAAUUCCAGAAUCAAAGGAACAGAAAUCAAAGAAGAAGAAGAAAUGGUUUGGGAAAGAAAAAUUAACUGUUCCUAAUCAUCUUGAUGAAGCCCUUCCUCCUCCUCCUCUGAUCUUAUCAGAAGAGGUGAAAGUAGUUGAAGCCGAGGAGGAUGAACAGACCAAACACGCUUACUCCGUCGUGAUCGCCACUGCGGCAGCAGCUGAGGCUGCUGUUGCAGCCGCUCACGCGGCUGCGGAGGUAGUACGUCUCACUUCAGCAGCUGUAGUUCAGUUCCCUGGUAAAUCCAAAGAGGAAGUUGCAGUCAUUAGAAUCCAAACCGCUUUCCGGGGUUACAUGGCAAAGCGCGCAUUACGGGCUUUAAGAGGACUGGUGAGACUAAAAGCAUUUUUGGAAGGGACUAAUGCAAAACGACAAACUACAAAGGCUUUAAAAUCCAUGCAAAACGUAGGUCGUGUUCAAGCUCAAAUUCAAGCUAGACGGAUAACAAUAUUGGAAGAGAAUCAAGCUCUUCAAAAACAGCUCUUACAGAAACAAACAAAGGAAGAAAUCCUUCAGAUGGGAGACGACUGGGACGACAGUAAUCAAUCGAAAGAACAACUUGAAACAGGUCUUAUGAACAAAUACAAAGCCACAAUGAGAAGAGAACGAGCUCUAGCUUAUUCCUAUUCUCAUCAGCAAAUUUGGAAGAAAUCAGCAAAAUCAACAAUACUUACAUUUAUGAAUCCAAAUAAUCCUCAAUGGGGCUGGAGUUGGCUCGAGCGAUGGAGCAGCGUCAGUGAGGAAAUGACAACACUGUCAACACCUCAAUCAUCAUCCAAGAUUCGGAAAUUGAAAUCGACAAACCCUAGGGGGAAGGGUUUGAAUCUGAUAGUAAUAGAAAAUGAUGAUACUAGAAGCGUUUUCAGCGUUCAAUCGGAGAGAAACAGGAGGAGGCAUAGCAUAUCUGGAUCGUCGAUUAGAGACGACGAAAGCUUAGCUAGUUCUCCGUCGUUUCCUAGCUACAUGGCGUCUACACAAUCGGCGAAAGCGAAAUCGAGAUUGCAAAGUCCUUUAGGGUUGGAAAAUAAUGUAAUGCUUACAGAAAAGGCGGCGACGGCGAAGGCGGUGGCAUCGGUAAAGAAACGGUUGUCUUUUCCGGCGAGUUCACCGGUUAAACCUAGACGUCUUUCUGGCCCGCCGAGGAUUGAAACCAGAUUCGAUAAAGAAAACAGUGACAUAAAUGGGGUGACCGUGGCUUGAUGAUUAAAUAUAUUAAACUCAUUUUGGAAUGUUGGUUUGUUUGAUUAUUAUUGGUUUUAAUUGUUGAAUUAUUACAUUUAAAAUGUGAAAUGUUAUUUGAUUUCGAA